CCUUCUGUAUGCACCUCAUGGAAACAUCACGACCUGACCUAACCUGACCGACCGACCGACCGACAUUCGACAUGCGACCACAAUGUCCGCGUUACGGGCCGUGAGGAGCCGCCCGACGUCGCGCACGCUGGGCCAGCAUGUAUAAUAUCGGCAACCAGGGCAAGAUCAUGCGCAAGCUGCUGGGCAAGUCGGCCAUCGAGUCGGUUCACGACACGUCGAUGCCGACAUCGGUGAGCGGAGGCAUCACCAGCUCGCCCCUCAUCCACGAGUACCGCCCCAUUGCAUCGCAAAACGCCUCUUACUCGGCUGGCGUCCCCAUCGGAUGCAUCGACAUUUCGCCCGACGGCCACUCGGCCGUCCUCGCCGGCCGCCAUGUGCUGCGGACCGUCUCUAUUGACGGCCUAGCUAUCCGCGACGCCCUCGACCUGCGCGCCCUCCUGACCGAACCCGCCUUCCGCAGCGCUGCCGGCGCCGGGUCGUCGUCAUCGUCCUCGGCCGACCAGCUCUCGAUCCGCGACGUCAAGUGGGGCGGCUGGCAGAAUACUUCGUCUAUAUUCACUGCCUGCGCCGGCGGCAAGAUCUUCAAGUACGACUUGAUGCGCGCUGGCUCCAGCGGCAUCGAGUUCGUCCAGAUCCGUGAGGACUCGCGCCAGGUCAAUGCCUUGGACAUCAACCCCCACCGGGGCACCUACGUGCUCUCGGGCAGCCAGGACGGCCUCGUGCGCCUCAUCGACCUCCACAUGCCCAUCCAGGCCCGCACAGGUAUCACCUUUCGCGCUGUCCAGACGUACAAGUGCAACGCCGAUGGCGUGCGCCAGGUACAGUGGUCGCCCAAGGACGGCUUCCUCUUCGCCUGCGGCACCGAGAAGGGCGUCGUGCUCAAGUGGGAUCUCCGCAAAGCCAGCGCACCCCUUCUGCGCAUCAAUGCCCACGACACGACGUGCUCGUCCAUCGCCUGGCACGCCGACGGUGAACACCUCGCCAGCGCUGGCUGGGACAGCAAGUGCCACGUCUGGGACAUGUCCAAGACGGCCGACAAGAGGCAGAAGCCCAAGUGGACCAUCUCGGCCCCGGCGCCCGUGUCUGCCCUUGCCUGGCGCCCGGGCCAGUGGUCUGCAACCGCCCAGGGCAAGCGGUCCUCGCAGAUUGCCAUCUCGUACGACGAGAUCAGCCAGAAGAAGUUUGGCAUUACUGGUGUGCAUAUUUGGGACCUCGCCCGGCCCACUAUGCCCUACCGGGAAAUCCAAAGGUUUGAGAGCUCGCCCAACGCGCUGCUCUGGCGCGACCAGAAUCUUCUUUGGACUGCUGGCGAGGACUGUCUCUUCAACCAGUGUGACGUCACGUCUGCGCCCAAGGUCAUCGACCGCCAGGCAGUGUCCACCAUGUCUUUUUCUCCGAGGGGAGAAGUCGUAAUGUUUUUGGACGAGCGUGCUCCGUCGCACCGCCCCCGCCCGCAGAUUUUACAUCCCGAUAGCCUCCAGACGCCCUCGUACAGCUCUAGCCCGAAGACGCCUAGGUUCAGUGUGAGCCGCAGCGAUUCCGAGGACGACGUACUCGGGAGUUUCUUGGGGCCGAGACGCCGCGGCAGCCGGAGACGGCGCCCAAGCGCUCGCCCCACGCAUGUUUCCAGCACCACCCCCCCGGCAGGCUCUGGUAUGGACGACGUCUUGUCGCUCGAGCAGACGAUCCAAGUCACGGGCAUAUAUAAGCCCCAACAGUCCAUGGCCAUUGGGCACGUCCCUGCGUCUGCAAAUGUCCAUGUCUACGAGUACCUCUCUGCGAACUAUCUUGAAACCCUCUACAAAGAACUCCCCUUUUCGCCAGGUGGCAGAUCGAUGCCAGAGCGGGUCGCCGCCAUCCUCGAGCAUUAUGCCGAGGCUGCGGAGCAGGUCAAUAAGUUUCGACUUGCGCAAACAUGGCGAAUCCUUGCGUAUGGCAUAGAUCUGGUCCUCCGGAGGCGGGCACAGUACCAUCUCGAAUGCCGCAUGGACCAUCUCAGCGACCCAUUCUCCAUUAAGAGGAGGGCAGAAAAUAAGAUCAAGGCCAUGGGAAAUCCUUUCGGCGUAUCGAUAGAUACUCCCAUGGAUGGGGAAGAAACACCCCGCAAGGUCAUGUCACUUAGCAGCCUAGACAAGGCAGCACCACGAUCCCUGCUCUCUGAGGAGUUGGAGAGCACCUCCAACGUUCCGACGCCUCUUGCCCGACCUGUUCAAGACCACGCAGGGGGCGCAGAUUUCUACGACGACAGCCGUGGCAAGAAGCUCACUCCCAUCAUUGAGCCAGAGAGCUUCACGCUUCCUCCGGCGAUCCAACCCCAAUCCUUAGAGGCACGGCGGCGGUUGGACUCGGCUCCGCUCUCUGUUGCGAGCCAAGAUAGCGAGACAACACAGGCAAGCACCGAAGGGUACGACUUUUAUGAUGCCGAGGCCCUGAGCAAGGCCAUUGAUGUCCCAUUUUCGAGACAGAGGCCUCACGGCCUUGAUAUCAGAGACCCGGGCUCCCCAAUCCGGGUGCGGAAGGGGGUGAUGCGGCAUGAUUCAGACGACAGCUUCAGCCGACUGUUCUCUACUUCGGAUGGGAGCAGGCGGGCCACAGGGCUUACGCAUUCGUCAGGCAGCAGUAUGCCCAGGCAAGCGACCGAUUCUUCAAUUCUGUCAGAGAUGCGACACGCGAGUGGGAGCGACGAUGAAGAAUUCGAGAGCCGCAUCCGCGGUAAGCAGAUAGACGAGUCGCCAGAACGUCUUGGCGGCACACCGUUUCGUCGGCCCUUGGAACGGACCGAGACCAACCUCACCGCCUUCACGGAUGAACACCACAUGAUAACACAAACCACAACUGACAGUUAUGAGUCACGAUACCCUUCACAGACAGAUGCUGGGUUUUCGGUCGGCUCCAUUUCCCGGCGAUCUCCACUCAAUGUGCCCGAGCAUAUCGAGCCCGGGGGAGACCAAAGACUGCCAUACAUUAUUGAGACAGACUACCUACCUUGGGCUCAAGAUCCGCCUUACCCACACCCAGUACGCGAGUCCUCUUCCUUUUCGAUCAGUGCCUCGUCCCCGCUCCAGCCAUACUCGCUUAUUUCCAAGGCCCUGGCCUUUGAGGCCAAGUCUUCGGCCCUGAACGCUUCAGCAAUUGUUCUGCUCCUUAAACCUCUAGUCCCUGAAGAUGUGAUCGAUUCUUUUCAGGCCGCUGCCAUCCUCCGCCAGCACCACUCCCGCCUAAUGAACAUGAAACUGUUUGUUGAGGCAGCAGUUCUUCGCAAGCUUUCGAUCAAGGGCUGGCCUGGGGGUGUAUUGUCUAGUUGGGGUGACAACUAUCCUGCAAUCUCCGCCCCGCUGCAAGAGGGCGUCCAGGUUGGUUUCUUUUGUUCGACUUGCCGCAAGCCGCGCGAAGUUGAACGCUCUUUCGAGUCGACCGCAACAGCCUGGCGUUGCGAGCGCUGUCAGGCCGUCAUGGCGCCGUGCGCUAUUUGUGGCGAGCGAGACAAGGUGCCUAAGCUGCCACCCGCGUCGCUCCUCCACGUCGACUGGGCUGGUGAUUCAGGUGAGUCGGACGAUGAAGAGACCAUCCUGGCAACGUGGUGGUACUGCCCUGGGUGCAGCCACGGCGGCCACUCUUCAUGUCUCCAGGGGUGGCACGCCACGUUCGAGUGGGAACAGCAGGCAGCCGACUCGCUGCGGGACCUCGACUCCAGUGGCGGUUACUGCCCACUCGACGGAUGCGGGCAUGCCUGUCUGUCGGGUCGCUUCCGUGCCGACAGCACUGCCGGGAGAACGGACGAAGUGUCCAGCCGCGCAGUCCGCGAGGCUACCCGCGGAGCCAAUCGGUCAGCGGCUUUGUCCGAGGCAGAGCUCAUCAUACCGCUCGAGGGCGACCGCCGUAGCGACACGAACCAGAGCGGCGGCGGCUUCAGCGCUGAAUACAGUGUCCGCCGCGACGGCGACGAGGUGGCCCAGAGCCGCGCGGUCGAGAGCGUGCGCGAGACGCUGUGGGCAGGGGGAAGCCACCAAGGUGCCGGUGGCGGAGGCACGCGCGUCGGCACAGGAAUCCUGAGCUCCAUGGGUAUAGGGGGGAACAAUCCCAGCCCCGGUGCACGCGCUGGCGCCAGCAUCUUGAGCUCCAGUCCGGGCCGUGGCGGCGAACGGGUCGAGAGGGAGCGGAGGAAGAGCGUCAAGUUUAUGCCAACCGAGGAGAAGCGAUGAGCUAGCUGGCUUCCUUGUACUAGUAUAAUACUCUUUGCUGCCAUGUAUCAGUUGCUAUUUCACCCCUUUGGCUACUUCUUUUCCUUUAUAUUUAACCUUUGGCGGUACAUUAGUUCAGCGUUUUGCAUAAAGAGGCUACUAACUAGAAAAUUGUUGAAGACAUAUAUUGUCCCGGAAUUAAGCAUUACUGGUAUGGAGAUCUAGAUCUCCGUAUACGGUGGGUAGUUGAUGACAAGUAUCGCAAUGUGGUCAAUUAGUUGGAAC